AUGUCGGUCCGCUUUGCGUGCUUCGCUCCCGAGUUGCCUGGUCGAAUACAACAACAACGGCAGACGCGGCAUCCAUGUAGGCUUCUUGCGGUUUUGUUGACGGUUCAAGCGGUCCUGUCUCUUCGAGCUGUCGCCGUAACUGCAUGGAGGCGUAUUCGCAUUGAGCCUACCCAUGAGCUUCACGCAGCAACUUCUCCCCCCGAGAGGAUGGAAGGGACUUCAGCGGAUAUGGAUCGGGCAGAAUCCGGGGAAAGCCAAACUCAUGAACUUCGUUCGACCAGUCACACAAAGUCAUUAGCAGAGACUGACGAGGCUCCACUGCCUCACGGUGACGAAGAAGAGGUCAGCAGCACGACACGUCCGAGGAGGCAGCUCCAGUCCAGAAACAGUAAAAUCGAAGAGAGGAAAGAGAAGCGGGGGACGGGAGAGGGCGGCGAUAAUGAUUCACCCGAUGAGAAGGCGGACGGAACGGCGUGCUUAUUUUGUCAAGGCAAGUGUCGUGGCCCAACAGCAACGGCCUGCGGCCAUAUCUACUGUUGGGGAUGUAUCACCCGAUGGAUACUGCAGCAACAACGUGACCAGACUGCAGCCGCGUGUCCAGUCUGCAGGUGA